AUGGCGACGGAGCGAUGGUUGUUGCUAGGGAAGUUGAGAAGGGCUGUCAACAAGAUCAAGUUUUUGCUCGAUUUCAAUGUUAAUAGAUGGAAAUUCGAUCUCGCUUCCAUUGUAGGGGUAAUAUCGUCAAAUAAUAGAAGAUUGAGCUUCAACGAUAGGCCCGGAUUGAUGGCGUUUGUUGAGGAUUCGGCCCCGGAAAACAGCCCGGGAUUGUCUAAAGGGCUUCAAAGAUCAACGAGUUAUCAAUCGGAAAAUAAUCAAGAUGAUUAUAAUAUCGACGAAAGAGCCGACGCGUUUAUUGCAAACUUUUACAAGCAACUUCAACUCGAGAGGCAAAUAUCUUUGGAGUUGAGGUACUAUAGGGGCAAUAGCUUUGAUUCAUCAAAAUUAUCUCCUUGA